CGACAUGUACACGCCUGGUCCGCGUCAACGUGCAGGAAAGAAAGCUCCCCGCCAGGUGACCGUCACCGACGGCAAUGGUCUUCUCGCGGUGCAACAGUCGGGUAAUGGCGACAGAAGUGAUGCUUCAGGAACCGAAGCAGAUGAAGACGAUGAUCUACUGUUCGCCUCACCUUCCAAUUCCUUCCCCACCCCAAGCGUGCGCUCACCAAAUCCUUCACCAGGAGGCAGCAACAAAGCCGUCGCAACCGCAGCCGAAAUCGACGACCGCCCGUCCAAUGACCAACACCAACAUCAACACGAACACCAACACGUUGAUAACCUGAAGCUUCCUCCACCGCCCGAACCUUUCGGGGUGACCCCAACGACAUCGAAUCUCCUCAACCACCAUCUCACUCCAAACCGAUCCUCGCAUUCCGACACCCUCCCUACCGUCUCCCCAUCUUUAUAUCCCCUCUACAAACAUCUCCACUCCGCAGGCUACUUCCUCGCACCUGGCUUACGUUUCGGUUGUCAGUACAUGGCAUACCCAGGCGACCCUUUGCGAUUCCAUUCACACUUCCUUUGCGUAGGGAAGCAAUGGGAUGAGGAAUUCGAUCUGAUGGAUUUGGUGGGUGGAGGACGAUUGGGGACUGGUGUCAAGAAGGGCUUCUUGCUUGGUGGCGUGGAGGAUAGAGAUGGCGGCGACAAGGAGGACGGCGACGUCAGGACGUUCUGCGUGGAGUGGGGUGGCAUGUAGAAAUGUUUUGUGUUUAAUUAUUCCGAUUAUCGGUGGAAAGCGAGAGAGAUCCUGUGGAAUUCCUCAGACGAUUUGCCCGACGUACCUCGUGCUCUACUUCUAACAAUCCGAGAAGAAAUGACAAUUCAUAAACGGAGAACCUUUCUGAUCGAUAAUGCCAUCUGCUUCAAGAACGAUUUCCUCUCCUUGAAAAUUUCCAUUUGAUAUCCGCCUAAUUCUACCAGCCUGGGGUGGACUGGAGCAACACCACAAAAUUUAUCAUGAGCCGUCAUUCACAUAAUCUGCCCAUAGCCUCGACCCUCUACGUCCGAAACCGCGAUCAUCACCAUCACCAUCAUCGUCAUAGAUCCCCAUAAAGAAGUCCACACGCCAGUAAAAGACAAUCUCAUCCUCUCUCUCUCUCUCUCACACACA